UUUAAAUUAAAAUUCCGUUUGGGAUUUUGUUUUGAAGUCUAGAAAUGYAAAGAAGCUUUCGUCACAGCUCGAGAUAUUAAUGUCAUUUUUUUGUGACAAAUUUUGGUCGUCAAGAUAUUAAUUUCAAGCGUUGUGUUUCAAUUCUUGUUAUGCAAAAAUGUGGCCGGAUUUCAGAUGCGCGUUUGUUUCUUGAAUUGUUAAGUAUUGUUAAUAUAUUCAAUGUUCCGCUUUUGGCAAACGUGAGAGUCAAAGAAAAACUUKUUAGUAUUCUGCUGAAAGCGUCGUGUGCAUUCACCAUCAGUCAAAUUUAAGCUUUAUAUCUUCAGAUUAUGCAAAAAGAGCGGGAAAAGCAACAGACGCGACGCGAAGCAAUUUUCCCGCCUUUCGCUGUGAACGCCUGGAUUUGAUAGGCUCCUCAUGAACUGAUAAUAAGCCAAACAUCGUCAAAAUAAAAUCGAUAUAUAUCUUUUUUCAUUUAAGUUGUCAUUGUGAAUGCAAAAUGGAUGUAAAUUGUGUAUUUUUGGACGUGAGCACACGAUUUUUGAUAAAAUUAAAUAAGAGGGAGAGACAAACAGCUUCUUGAGCAUCGACGCAUGGCAAAAUUUCUCUGACACAUGCGCAURACGCCGGCUGGUUUUCUGCCUCCUUUUCACAACAACAAACCUCUGAAACCUUCAAGUCAAGAAAAAGCAGUUUCUUGAAGACUGAGCGUCUUAGUCGCAUUGAUACUGAACUAGAAAGCCAUGUUUUGGAGAGUAAUUUGACUGGUGACAAUACUGAAGAUCUUUUGUGGCUGUCAUCUUGGCUUUUCAUGGUAAUUCGGUUGCUCUGGAAUUAUUCGUAGUGAACCGUAGCGCCUUUACCAGCCAGCACCUAGCCAGUUGUACGUCAGAUUGGCAAAAUAAUCAAGAGACAAGAAUUAUUCUCUGGAAAUUCACUUUAGAAUUCAUCAUGUUGGACAUACUAAAAGCACUGAAGUCACUUCUUCACCCAAACGCAACCAACAAAAUGCCAUCGCCAUAUCACGAGCACUGCGGAAAACCAGGGCCCAAGAGCAACGAUUACAUGCCUCCACCCGAAGMAAGGAUUUUUAAAUCUCGAAGCGCYCCAAACUCGCCAUGUUUAGAACGAAAACCUUUGUUYCCMCGUUCUCCACGCCUCGCUCGUUCUCCAAAAUUAACAAGAGCUACUACCCUGCUAACAGAGAAGAGACURGCUGAUAAACUUAGAGAAAAUAAGAGUCCUCGUUCUUCUAAGCUUACAAGAAGCAAGUCUUUUGGUUCCUCAAAAACUGAGCAGAGAAACUCUUUAGGAAAAGCAUGGCACCCAAGCUGUCUUCGCUGCGAGGAGUGUGGYAAACGCUUGAACCCUGGUCAGCAUUCAGAGCAUCGUGGGAUUCCUUACUGCAACAUACCUUGCUACAGUUUCUUAUUUGGUCCAGGAGGGUAUGGCCAUGGUGGCACCGAGUCUCAUAAAUAUCACGAUGAAGAGAAACUUUCCCAAGCGGAGGUUGAUGCUUUAAGGAAUGAUAUAUUCCCAAGAUUACGAGGUUACAACACUUACUUUGAAAGCCGCAAGGCUCUGCAGUUAGCAUGUCGCGAGAGACCAAGAACAAGCACAUUAGAGAGAAUUCUAGCAAGAAGAAGGUCAAUCACUAAUAAGCAUACUAGCGAUGGUAGUAACCUUCAGAAACGACCAAACUCACCACAGACUAACUUAUCGAUAUCUACUAGGAAAGAUGACAAGGUUAUAACAUACCCACAGCCACUAUUUGUUACUGGAAACCAUUGGCUGAAUGACAUUUAUCCAAAGACUUCUCCAGAAAUUAGUAUGCCUCAAAAAACAACCUUCACCCCUCCAUAUGGUACAUCCACAAACCUAAGACUGACAAGCAAAACCAAAGUCCCWGAAGUUAUCAAGCUUCUCUUUGCAAAGUUUCAGAUAACAAAUAAUCCAAAGAAAUUCAAACUGUACGCUGUAUAUGAUAACGGAUCUACAAGAUCACUUGAAGAUGAUGAAAGUCCUCUACAUUGUCGUCUUAUGCUGGGGCCUAGUGAGUAUGCAGCAAAGAUUUAUAUCAUGGAAGCAGAUGACUCCAACAACAUAUCAGCAGAGGUUGCCCAGUAUAUACACUUUGCCAACCCUGUUCUAUUAGGAUUCUUACAAAAAUUUCAAGAAGAAGAAGACAAAGAAGCUCUUAGAAUAAAAAAUUGGUAUUCACUGUAUAAGAAAGAAUUAGAAAGAUUAAUAGCAGAAGUAUCCACUGCAGUGUAAAUAUGUACAUAACAAUAUACAGCUGUCAAUAAGAAAUUUAGGUAAUUAUUGGUGGGAGGUGGGAGGGGGGUUAGAUAGAGUUGUCACAGAAUCAAGUGUGACAUUGUCACACAAUCGCUUGUAAUGCUUGGUGAUUUCAAACGAUUGGCAUUACAUUGUAACACAAUCCCUGGUGGCAUCACAAAUCUUCAUUGUCACUUUAUAUUCUUUCAUUAUUCUAUUCAACUUGCCACUAUAUUUKUGAUGUCACGCAACACUAAAACUCUGUCAUAAAUCUAAUGACAUUCCGUURUAUAGGUCACGGUCCGUGACAUUUGAAAGUCAUUUGAAURUAUGGUGUUACACUACUUUGAAUUGAUUGUCACAGAAUCGUGACGUGACGCAUCCUACAUAUGAUUAAUUUAAGGGCAACAUAAGCCCAACRCRGAGCAAGUUAUUCAUUUUUAUAAAUGUAAAUUUUUUCAAAGACUUUGAAAUUUCUUUAUUUAUUUGCAAAAGUUAAAACGAUAUUUCCUUUUUUUAUUCAUUGUAAAAACAUUAUUUACUUCUUGAAAAUAUUCUGGUAAUUCUUGUGAAAUUAAGUUUGUAAAGGUUACUAUGGUAAUGUCAGUAGGAAAUUUACCCCAGAUUUACAACCUCGAGAACUUUUUGCCAAUAUGGCCGCCAUCUUGAAUCUGUCGUCUUGAAGGAGAAAGUAGGGUUUUUUUUCUAAACAAUUUGUGCCUUUGCAUCAUGACAUAAUCUCAAAAUGGCGGUCGCAUCGGCAAAAACUAUCAAAUAGGGAAUGAUUUUGUGGAUUCUCCGGAACUUUAUCAUUAAAACAAAAAGAAAUUUACUGAGGUACAUGGUAAAAUUGAAAACAUGUCAAAAUGUCUUUAACCAUUCAUUAAAAGAAUACUAAUAACAUAA